AUGUCAACUGAGGCCACGAGCUCUGAUGCAUCGGUGUUCUCCAAUAUGCAUUCGGUGGAUAGCACAAGGGAUAAUACAAGGGAUAAUACAAGGGAUAAUACACCCAUGAAUGAAGGUGACACUCAAGGUAAGCGUAUGACGAAGAGUACUAUGGCUUUAAUUGAAGAGUCUAUGAAGUAUGAUAUGCGCAGUGAGUAUUUUCUUCCCAUGACAUUUCUAAGAGAACGUCGGAAACCUGCAAGAGUUGAGAGCGACGAGGAAGAUAAACUAGCGGAAGUAAAAUCGAAAAGGCGCGUUUCGAAGAAGGACCAGGUCAAGGCGGAUAUUCAUUCGACGAAAAUUAAGAAAACUGGCCGCCCUUCCAAUGUCAAAGCUGGAGCGAAGAACACUUCCAAAGUUACCAAGCAGAGGUCGACCAAAUCGCAAGUUUCAGGCAAAAAAAGAGCCAGAUCCAUCUCUGAUGGGAAAGUGUCAUCCAUAGAUGCGAGCCGCAGUCUCAAAGCCUCCAAGAAGAAACAUAGCAGUCAUGCUGACUCUCUGUUCCUUUCGAAUAUUGAGGAGAAUGUAAAUCCUAGACCAUCUUUUUUCAACACGACCCUAAUUGCGAACCCUUCCAGUUUUACUAAUAAACUUACCUCUUCUAAAAUGUUUGUUGACGACGAGGAGGUUACAAGCUUAAAAGGAAUGAAAUAUAUCCUCUUUCCUGGAGUGGAAGAAGAAUACUUAAUAUGUUCAAAAGUACAAAAAUUCGGCUAUAAUCCACUACCAGAAAUUGGGCAAAGUAUAGAAUCUGCUGUUCUUCUGUACUUUCCGAAUACAUAUAAAACAAAGGGACAAGAGUUAGUACGAUCAUUGAACGACGCUUUCGAAAGAUCAGAUGAUCAGUCUUUCGAAAAAAUUGUACUUAAAUAUAAUGACUUAAUUUCAACUAUUCCGCGGGAUCUUAUUGUUAAGAAUUUAUCAUCAAAUCCCGAUGUUCCUGUCUCUUUCGUUCAUUUCCUUUUGCAUACAUGUUAUACAAGAGCCAUUUAUCCACAUGCAAGGAAAUUGAAGAAGUACACAAGUUUCAGUAACUUUGUAUAUGGUGAAUUGAUGCCUGAUUUCCUCACUAUUGUCUUUAAAAAAUGCGGACUGAAUUCCAAUAGCAUAUUUAUGGAUCUUGGUUCUGGUGUAGGAAAUUGCGUUAUACAGGCGUCUCUUGAGUUCGGUUGUAAAUUAAGCUUUGGUUGCGAAAUAAUGGAUUCUGCAAGUGACAUGGCGGAAUUGCAGCUCAAAGAGUUGAAAAGUAGAUGUGAUCUAUGGGGUAUAAAUCUGCCGCCAAUUGAUUUUUCCUUGAGGAAAAGCUUCGUGGAUAAUGAACGAGUUCGUGAAUUAAUACCUCAAUGUGAUGUUAUCUUAAUCAACAACUUUAUUUUCGAUGCUCCUUUGAACAAAGAAGUAGAAAAGGUUGUACAAGGCCUCAAGGCCGGGUCCAAGAUAAUUUCUUUGAAAAGCAUACGACCUCCUGGUUACAGUAUAAAUUACGAUGACAUGGACAAUAUCUUCAACCGAUUACAUGUAGAGUCAUUCAAGCUCCCUGAAAACAGUGUUUCAUGGACCUACAGAAGUGUUGGUGAUUAUUAUAUCAGUACUGUAUUGGAUGCAAUUGAUGAGUCGAUUUUCUGUCCUCCGAUUUUAGGUAGGAUUAGAAAAAAAGAAUCAAUCAAGUAUACCAGAUAG